UGGUGACUCACAACAACAGGGUUUCUUCUCAAAACAACUGUCAUUACCCGUGCAGAGGGAGAAACCUGAAGACUACAGUGAGGUUAAUACUGUGCCAAACAAAACUGCUCCGGUACAUUUAGUACGAUUGCAUGUCAUGUUCGACUUUUUCUGCCGAUAUGACGUCAGGAUUGAAUCGCUUUAACCCAACUGUUACGGUGGACGAGUAUCUCGCUGAGAGCAAUGUAUUGUUCUACCUGAGUGAUGCUCUGACCCAGCUCCUGGAACAUAAAGAGGAAUAUACCCAUUUUGGCGUAAUACGCUACUUCGCUGAAUAUUUCAGCAGUGUCAAGAACAGUAACCACAUCCUCUUCAGAGAGUUUAAUUACAUCAACGCGACUCCUCAUAAUAGAGCCUCAUUCAUCCGAGUCUUCUGGAGAUGUUUCCGGCAGAUAGGAAAGAGUGGAGAUCUGCUGUCCAGUUUGGAUUAUAGCUCCCUGCUCCAGUUGUUGUGUCCUGAUUUCCCAAUGGAGAUAGUAAAGAGUGCAGCCAGAAUUGUGUCAAUGGAUGACGGGUUGGACUGCUUGAUGUCUUUCUCGGACUUCCUUUACGCCUUCCAGCUGCAAUUCUACUACCAAGAAUUCCUGGAUAGUGUGCUGCUGAUAUACCAGGAUCUGUUAGCUGGGAAGAGUCCAAACACAGUUAUUGUACCCACAUCAACAACAGUCGAACAGCCUCCUUGCUUGACCGCAGAGGAAAAUAAUAAAGAGCAGGAUUUGGAGGUGGAUGCUUCCACUCUGGCUGAGUGUAUAGACGCACUCUGUGACCGCAUCAAAAACAGUCACCCUCCCAGGUCUUGUUUACAAGAAGCACUAGAAGAGACUGACAAAGUAUCAUACUGCAGCUUCCUGAUGAGCCUGGCUAAACACGAAACCAUCAACCAAUUUAUCGGAGUGUUGCCCAGUAAGACCGAGGUACUGAAUGACCCAGAGAUGGACCAGGAACUGGACAAACUCAUCGCCCAGAUCUCCGUCAGCCCCAGUAGCAAUAGCAGUGGCAGUGCAGUGGGGAUGCUAAAGGAGGUGCAGAGAAAGGCGUCCCCCAGAAGGAACAUCCACCACAGGAGGAAGAUGGAGGUUGAGAGCGAUGGCUCGACAGAGGAGACUGACUCGUCUGAAAACUGAACUAUUGCCUUCAUUACAUUCCAAUCUGAGUAGUGUAUUGGCAUGCAGUAUAUAAUAUUAGAAACCUUUUAUUUAAUGAAAUGAACAAAAAGACCACACUCUAAAUAUGAAACAUAUUGCUUGUUUUAGAACAGUGAUGUUGAAACUUUUUUUCUCUGAGGGUCACGUUCAAAAAUGUAAAAGGAUGUAAGGGCCAACUUGAAAUCAUUUCAUUCUGAUUUGUGAAACAGAACUCGAAUCGGCUAAUUAUUAACUCAUCGGCUCCUAUUGACAGUGAAAGACGCCAAAACCGUUUUGACUGAGAGGGGUAAUUGCUGCCAGCCAGUCAGUCAAAUUGGAUCGGGUGUCUAUCGCCGUCAAUGGCAGUGAAACAUGAUCACUUAAUGCCAACGUUCCCAGUUUGAAAUGGAUUUGAUAAGAGCUACAAGCAGUGUUGCCAAUAUGGCGACUUUCUCGCUAAAUCUGGGGAUUUUCCAAAGCCUUUUGUCGACUUUUUUUUUUUUUUCUCACGACAAAUCUAGCGACUUUUUCUGAUGGGUUUUUUUGCUCGUUUUUUGUGUGUAAAUCUUCUCUCCUCCAGCGUCCAUUACAAUUACAUGCAAAUUGCCGUUUAUGUAAAUUAGGCGAUGACGUCAUCUAGCGACUUUUAGGACAGCCCGUAGCUACUUUCCUUAAUGGGGCAUUGGCAACACUGGCUACAAGCAGCGAAAUAAUCCAAAGAUAUAAGGAUAUCUCAAUGCAAAAAUAUAUACAUAUACUGUGAAUAAAAUAAGUAUUUGAACACCCUGCUACUUUGCAAGUUCUACCACUUAGAAAUCAUGGAGGGGUUUGAAAUUUUCCUUGUAGGUGCAUGUCCACUAUGAGAGAGAUAAUCUAAAAAGAAGAAUCCAGAAAUCACAAUAUAUGACUAUUUUAAUGAUUUAUUUGCGUGAUACAGCUGCAAAUAAGUAUUUGAACACUUCAGAAAACAAAUUUUAAUAUUUGGUACAGUAGCCUUUGUUUGCAAUUACGGAGGUCAAAUAUUUCCUGUAGGUUUUUUUUGGCAGUGUUUGUUUGCAAACACUGCAGGAGGGAUCUUCCCCACCCAUCAGUCAGGUUUCUGGGCUGUCGCUGAGGAACACUGAGUUUGAGAUCCCUCCAAAGGUUUUCUGUUGGGUUAAGGUCUGUAGAUGGGCUAGGCCAGGGGUCCCCAUCUGCCGGGCCGCGGACCGGUACCUGUCCGUGGCGCAUUUGCUACCGGGCCGCGCAGAAAUAAUAAUUUAUUAACGGCCGCAUUCUGGCCGAAUUAACCCUGUGCCCCUGCUUAACACACCAAUAUCACUGUCUACUCUAGAUAUAAUACUACAGGAUAGAUUAGAAUGUCGUCAUAGAAAUCCAUUGAUUGGACUGCAGCAGAACAUCUUGUUUUGUGUAAUAUAUCUUUGUGCAUUUGUCCUCGAUAAUAACGUAUUUCUAGGCCGCGGGCGGAGCACAUUUGUCCCCGGAAAUAAUUAGCCCCCACAGGAGCAAAGAUGACUGGAAAACAGACGUCUUUGGAGAUAUUUUUUACGGCAAAAAGGGCACCUGACGAGCCAGAAGAUAAGCCUACAACCUCGAAGACCCACGAACUGCGAAGGAGUGGAUUCGUGACCCGUUUGUGAAUAAACCGAGUGAUUCGAGCUUGUCUGUGCAACAGGAGGAUCAACUUGUAGAGAUCGCAAAUGACGGCAACCUUAACCCUUGUGUUAGCAAAAAAAAAAAUAUUACGCAUCAUACAAAUUUUUACAAAAAUUGUAAACGUUUUUUAAGUGUGAUAAGUUAUUUCUGAAUAUUUUUUUACUUUCAAUCACUCAAAAUGUUCAGUGGCAUCAGAGCUAUCUAUUCACAUAUAGUUUUUAUUUGUACUUUUUUGCCCUCUAUUGACAAUAAAAGCAGUACUGUGCUACGACCAAAACUAUGUUGGAUAUAUAUGUAUAAAACAAAAUUGAACUGGAAAAUUUCAUAUCACACUAUUAGAGCCUUGAAAAGGUCAAAGAGUUAUAGUAACAGAAUUUUUUUUUUUAUCCACGCCCAUUUUUGGCAAUGGCCGUUUUUGUGUAUAAUACCCCUAAACAUACAAUUGUUUACAAUAAUUGUAAAUGAUUUGAGGUGCGAUAACUAAGUCAUUUCUGAAUAUUUUUUUACAUUCAACCCCUCAAAAUGAUUCAGUGGCUUCAGAGCUAUCCAUACAUAUAUAGUUUUUAUUCUUUUAUUUGUAUUUUUUGCCCUCUGUGGACAAUAAAAGCAGUACUGUGCUACGACCAAAACUAACUAUGUUGGAUAUAUAUGUAUAAAAGAAAAUUAAAUUGGAAAAUUUCAGAUCACACAAUUAGAGCCUUGAAAAGGUCAAAGAGUUAUAACAACAGAAUUUUUUUUAUCCAUGCCCAUUUUUGGCAAUGGCCGUUUUUGUGUAUAAUACCCCUAAACAUACAAUUGUUUACAAUAAUUGUAAAUGUUUUGAGGUGCGAUAACUAAGUCAUUUCUGAAUAUUUUUUUUUACAUUCAACCCCUCAAAAUGAUUCAGUGGCUUCAGAGCUAUCCAUACAU